UAGGAAUGGGUUUGGGGGUGGGGAGUUGUAAUUAAAUAAGAAAAUUCUUCCAAAGACAGUUCUUUGAACACAACCAUUUUGGGGGAUGUGAAGAACACAAGAUAAAUUUUACAUGACAUGGUAAAAUUGCGAAGUGUUUUAAGACUUUGUUUCAGUAAUCACUAAUUUUAGAGCUGAUAGGAUUAUCUUAGAGCAGGCAUUUAUAAAAGGUAUGACUAUAAAUAAAGCAUUUGUUUCUAUUAGAAUUUGUGAUGCUUUAUAUGAGGUUAUGUCAGAUCACAAAUUAAUGUAUUGGUUUUACCAACAGUCUUUUUUUUUUUCUAAUCUUUAUUCAAUUCACAUAGGAUUUUCAGGUUAGUGGGAAAACACUGGAGCUAUAGACUUUGUAAGAAAACAAAAUUGUGGGAGCACGGGCGGUGAUGUGGGAGGAACGCUGCUGCCUGACCGCGGUGCCCAUCUUUUAACUCCUCGCUGGGUUUCUGAACUCUUGUUGAGUGGAGGCCAAAGUCUGAGGGAUAUUAACGGGAAAUGAGGGGGAGUCUGCAGCUACAGUAGCAACCAACAGAGCACCAGCUAAUAAAAGUCACCAUACAGAGGAUAAAACCCUUACCAAGUGCUUUCAUCUGAGGCUGCUCUGAGCAGCAGUAACCCAGGUUUUACUGUACCACAGAGAAAUCUAAUUUACAAACUUUUGCUUGAAUUACCCGUGAAUUAGGGGUAUCCAUGUGCAGUGGAUGGAAACACUAGAACACCAAGUCAAAGAAGGAGACUCAUUUAUGAAACGCUCUCAUUUAACUUGUUUUUUAAAUGUUUAUUUUUGAGAGAACGAGAAAGGUGCAUUGAGAGGGGGGAACAGAGGAUCUGAAGUGGGCUCUGCACGGAGCCUGAAUAGGGGCUCCAAUUCUCGAACCAUGAGGCCAUGACCUGAGCUGAAACCACAAGUUGGCCUCUUAACCAAUUGAGCCACCCAGGUACCCCACAGAAUACUCUCUUAAAUUUUAAAAGUCUGAAGGCUUAUAAUAGGAUCUAAUGCAUUGUGAAAUAAUGUAUCAGGCAAGUGAAAGCCCCACUAAACAGAAGGAAGGAAAGAACAGAAAAUGUCAGCAAAACAUUUUUUUUUAAACCCAUUAGGUCUUACUGAGCUUACCGCCAUCACAAGAAUCAGACUCCCUGGUGGAGCAUGCGACUCUUGAUCAUGGGGUCAUGAGUUCAAGCCCCAUGUUGGGUGUGCAGCCUACUUAAUUAAAAAAAAAAAAGUUAUGAAAGUAUCAGACUGUCCUUAUUCAAGUCUCAGCCAAACAGGCAAAAAGUUAAUGGCGAAGUGUCGAAUGCUUAUCCAGGAGAAUCAAGAGCUUGGAAGGCAGCUGUCCCAGGGGCGUAUUGCACAGCUUGAAGCAGAGUUGGCUUUACAGAAGAAAUAUAGUGAGGAGCUUAAAAGCAGUCAGGAUGAACUGAAUGACUUCAUCAUUCAACUUGACGAAGAAGUAGAGGGUAUGCAGAGCACCAUUCUAGUUCUCCAGCAACAACUGAAAGAGACACGUCAGCAGUUGGCUCAGUACCAGCAACAACAGUCUCAGGCUGCAGCCCCAAGUACCAGCAGGACUACCCCUUCUGAGCCUGGAGGACAGGCGGAGGCCACAGGUAAAGACUGCAGCCGGCUGGCCAACGGACCAAGUAAUGGCAGUUCCUCCCGGCAGAGGACGUCUGGGUCUGGCUUUCACAGGGAGGGGGACACAGCCGAAGAUGACUUUCCUUCUUCUCCAGGGAAUGGGAAUAAGGCCUCGAACAGCUCUGAGGAGAGAACUGGCAGAGGAGGUAGUAGUUACGUAAAUCAACUCAGUGCGGGGUAUGAAAGUGUAGACUCUCCCACGGGCAGUGAAAACUCUCUCACACACCACUCAAAUGACACAGACUCCAAUCCUGACCCUCAAGAGGAGAAAACAGUGAGUGGGAAAGGUAACCGAACUGCGGGUUCCCGCCACGUUCAGAAUGGCUUGGACUCAAGUGUAAAUAUACAGGGUUCAGUUUUGUAAUGUUUUUUCCAACAAAUUUUUAUACAGUGUCAUUUAAUUUGGGAGAGGAUACUGUCUAGAAAAUUAACGCAUACUUUUGUCACAAUUUGCCUUUUUUUUGUGGGUGUGGUUUUUUUUCCUUUCCCUCCCUGCGCCCCCUUUGCUUCAAUACCUCUGCCACUUUGGAAAUUGUAACAGUUAAUUACCUUGAAUGUUGCUAAAAGGACAUUUUGUGUAGGGUCAAGUUAUUUUUAUAUGAGUUAAUGUGAAGGUGUAAAUGGAAAUCUUUCCCUAAAGUAUAACAAUGAUGUCUGUAUAAAUCUGUGUCUAUCCUAGAACCUGUGCUGUGUAAGGGCAUUCUUAUUCAUGCUGUUAUUAUCCUUAUGCACCAUUCAGACUUGUUAGAGUAGAUGUGGGUUUAUGACUGCCAAGUUUUCCCAGUACAGUAGUUUAAUCACUAAAAGUUGGACUUGAUGGAGUCCUAUAGUAGUUUCAGUGUUAGAUACAGUUUUUUCCACCAUACAUCUGUGCAUUUUCUCUUUAGGUGACUGAAUGUUUAAGAAAUUUGUGUGCAUAGUUACUCAGUUUUUAUGAACUGUUGUAUCCUGUUAAUGCAUAUUGCUCUGUGACUCCAGUAUCUUACCUGUACUGACCAAACCUAAAUAAAGAUUUUUAUUGUAA